AUGGGUUCUCAGACAGACUACAGCCAACCGCCUCUGCAGGUCUCCUUUUCAGGCUUCCUCUGGGAUAUGGACGGCACUAUUAUUGACUCCACGCCAGCCAUCGAGAAGCACUGGGAAACGAUAGGAAAUGAGAUUGGCGUUGACCCCGAGACGAUUCUUAAGACCUCUCACGGUCGACGCAGCAUUGAUACGCUCAAGAUUCUUGCCCCGGAGAGAGCAAACUGGGAGUAUGUCUCCAAGGUCGAAGGCCAGCUACCCGUGCUCUAUGCCCAUCUCGCGACCGAGAUUGCCGGCGCGCGCGCUCUCCUCGACAGCCUGAUCAAGGUCGCGGCGCCGUGGGCCAUUGUCACGUCUGGCACGGCGCCGCUCGUGCACGGCUGGCUGAGCCGCAUGAAGCUCACCAUCCCAGAGCACCUCGUCACGGCCGAGUCGGUGCCCGAGGGCAAGCCGGACCCGGCGUGCUACCGGAUGGGCCUCGACAAGCUGGGGCUGGCGGCGGUCGCUGGCGACGUGCUUGUGCUCGAGGACAGCCCGGCCGGCAUCCAGGCCGGUCGGGCCGCGGGCUGCAAGGUCAUUGGACUCGUGACCAGCCACACGGCGGAGCAGGUCGUGGCCGCGGGGCCGGACUGGGUGGUCAAGGAUUUGACGUCGGUGCGCGUGGUCGGGUCCGAGGGCGGAAAGGUGACGAUUGAGAUUCGGGAUGGUAUCAAGUUGUGA